AGAUCUAAGGAGAUAUAAUUAGAAAUCACACACGGUCUAAAGUGAACACUAAAUAAGAUUUACCCUCUAAUUACUUAAAUCUACGUGGCAAAUCUGAGACUCCGUAAGUGACCUUUUUAUAUCAUUGAUUAUGUACAGUGCAUUAUUUUGUGUCCAGGGCAAGCACAACGGUGGAAUGUGUCAACACACUUUUCAAUAUUGUACAAUAAAAAUCUGCUUGCAUUGUUGAUAAGCGCUCAUAAGCUUCCCACUAGCACUAUAUGCAUCACGUUGCCAGGCAGUCGUGGAAAUAUGCCUGAGAACUGGUCACGAAGUUUGCAACAAGGCUCAGCAUGAACUGGCACAGGAGCUGGGUGCCUUACAAUUACAUUAGGCUUCAGGCCAAAUACGCGCUUUUCUCAAUCAAUCAAUCAAGUUCAUAGUACCAACAGGAAGGCAUCGUGUACAUGUACAUAUUAAAGCAAUGGCGGCCGUAACAGUCAAACGCCUUGCCGUUUUUCUGCUAUGUGCAUUUGUAUUCAUGAAAUACAUCGUUCCGCGACUAGGACAGGAGAUCCUCUCCAGAUGUUUCGGUUACAUCGUCUCGGUUAUUAUAUCCUAUGCCAUCGCCGUCAACGUGAAGGAGGGAAAGGUGCAAGUCUCCGGCAAGUCCGUGGUCAUCACGGGAUGUGACACGGGGAUCGGCAACGCGUUGGCCCGGUACCUGGACAAGCGGGGCUUCCGGGUGUUCGCCGGGUGCCUGUUCGAGAGGGGUGAGGGGGCGAGGAGACUGAAGGCGGAGUGCUCGGGGAAACUGCAGGUGGUUCAGAUGGACGUGACCAGUGACCAGCAGGUGGCGGAGGUGGCCCAGUUUGUGCAGAGUGCUGUCACGGUUUCAGGGGAUGUGUUGUGGGGAGUUGUAAACAACGCGGGCAUUAUCAAGCUUGGGGAGAUAGAAUGGCUGCCAGUGGAGAGUUACCGUCAGGUCAUGGAGGUCAACUUAUUCGGAAUGAUCCGGGUCACUAAAGCCUUCCUUCCCAUGAUUCGGAGGUGUAAAGGUCGCAUUGUCAACAUGAGUAGCAUGCAGGGUCUCUUCAGCUCCGCCGUGUCCUCCCCGUACUCGGUCUCCAAGUUUGGCGUGGAGGCGUUCUCGGACGCACUACGUCACGAGGUGGACAAAUGGGGAGUCCAAACUGUCAUCAUUGAACCGGGAAAUUUUUCAGCAUUUACGAACGCAAUGGAAGGCGAUAGCAUCACUAAGAUGAUGGACGAUGUUUGGAGUAACACACCGGACGACAUUAAGGAAGUCUACGGUCUGGACUACUUCAAGGGCGUGGUCAAGUUGCUAAACACAGGCACAUUGAGUAUGAGCGCCAACACUCUGAAGCCGGUCUUAACGGCCAUCGAGGACGCCCUCAUCGACGAGAAUCCGCCAGACAGGUUCUCCCCUGGCAACGCCCAUUCCAAGCUUCUGACCUGGUUUUUCUGCUAUUUGCCCUCCACCGUGACGGACUAUUUGUACAAGCUCAGCUAUGCCCUGUCUGUUGAUAAAGCGAAGGGGGUUACUGCGGCAGAGCCUGUAGCGUGACGUGUCAGGAACGAGGCUGAGCGGGGAAGUACUUUAAGUAGCUAGACCUCACUCGUAGGCCAUGAUGAAUACUUGGAUAAUGUCGCGGGUGUGUUUGUACUUAUGAAAUACGAAGUUAUUGAUUGUAUUUCACAUGCAAAUUCAGUGAAGAUAACAAGGAAAGUAACAGGCUACGCGUGAGGGAUAACUAGUCCAUACAUUAAAGGUAAAAGGGGCCCGAUAUCAUAAUAGUAGUAAAGUCUGUCACGAGCCAACGUGGCCCAUCA